AUGGAAGCAAACAAACUUGACAUUUCAUGGGCGGGGUCGUGUGCGUUUAUAGACGUAAAAAAUGUAGCCGAGCUUUCGAUAAGUGAUAUUGAGCAGGUAGCUUUCUUCUGUAAUAAUGGAAUCCAAUGGACUACGAACUUACUCGUUACUUAUAAAACACUUAAAUUACUUGAUAAUAUAAAAAUGGAUUUUCUAGAUAAUUCACCUUUGCUUCACUCUGAAGACUACAUUGACCUUAAUUGUUAUGGAUACCUUUACAUUGUUAUCAUGACAAAUAUAUUCAAAAUUUUACUGGUUGCUGUAUUUCGGUUUCUUCGUGUUAUCUUGCUGCAGAUUACAAUUUCAUUAACCUCCCUUCAUUAA